AUGGCGGACGAGGAGACGCGAAAACGUGCGAAGGACUUUUCAGAGGACAGCGCCGACGAAGGAGAAGACGAAGAAGAAGAUGUGAUUGGUCCAAUGCCGGCACCUCCUCCUAAAGCUAAGAAAAGGAGAGGUACAUGCAAUGUAUGAUCCGAUGGGAUAUUCGCGCUCUUUUAGAUGAAUAAUUUGUCUGCGUGAAUAUGCUAUAGAAACGCAGAUGCUAUAAUUGCGAACGUAGACCCAUAGCCUUACUUAUUCAAGAUCUCUAACAUACUUCAUUAAACAUAAAGAAAACUAAGAGAAAACUAUAGAUUACUUUAGGGACUAUCAAAUUGAUCUUGAAUUUCACUCUGACAAUCUAACUUUGCCAGGUGUAUGCUUCAUGACCGCUUGUAAAAUUAUUUUUGUCUUUUGUAGUCCUAGAGUUUGAGGAAGUUUACCUGUGUAACUUACCUUCUGCUGAAUCCUAUGAGAGGAGCUUUAUGCAUCGUGAUGUGGUCUCACAUAUACUUGUCACUAUGUAAGUGCUUUUAAUUAUCCUGGAAUUGAGGUUACAAUCAAGAAAAAAAAUUCUUUUGAUCCUUCACACCCCAACAUCAGUUUACAUAUUCUCCUUACUAUUCUUGAUACAUCUCAUAAGGUACUUAAAGGGAAUUUGUUUAACAAUCAAGAGAUUCUUUUUGCUGGUGAUCAUUUUUUAAAUUCUUGUGGAUUUAAUGUGUGGUUCAGGGGCGGGUGUACAGUCAUUUCAAUACAAAGUCAUUUCAAUUACACAUGUAAAGUUGAUUUGUUACUCAUGUAAAGUUGAUUAGAUACAAACUGAACUUCAGUUUCUACACGGAAGUAAACUCGAGAAAAGUUCAGUAUAAGUGUGUUCGUUUUCGUCUUUGAUAUGUGUGGUGAUUUGUUGUUUUCUAAUCAACAAAUAAGCUGAAAUUCAACUUGAUUAAUUAAGCAACUCAAUUGUUCAAUAUAGUUGUAAUACCCAGUUUCGCAAAUGUGGUGGCUCCUAAAAGAGCUGUUUUUAGCAACCUGAAAUAGUCCAAAGCAACGAAAGCAGGGCACAGCAGCUCCUAAAAGAGCUAUUUUAUGAAGCUACUAGGCUGAAUCGACUUCAACUUGUAUUGAAACGCCUUUGUAUCAAAACGACUUUGUGUCAAGACAACUUUGUAUCGAAAUGACCGUGAACCUAGGGGCAAUAUUGUAAGGAGAAAUUAGAUGCCAGUCACUCUAAUGGGUCAGAGGGUUAAUCAUGUUUGACAUCAUUUCACAGAACGGAUUUUCUCAUAACAGCAAGUUGUGACGGACACGUCAAGUUUUGGAAAAGACAAGAUGAUGGAGUUGAAUUUGUGAAGCACUUCAAAGCACAUAUGGGUGAGAAAAGAUGAGAUACUUUAUAUACUUAAUCUAAUCAACUAUACUUUUUUGUGCUACCUGCUGAAAACUGAACUGAAGCUGUGUAAAAGAUAGUGUGGUUUCUAACUAGAUGGUCAUAGCACCAUAAUUUUUAAUUUGAUAACUUUAAGAAGAACAGCUCACCAAUAACCUUCUAAAAGAAUCCUUAAGUUCCAUUCAAGCUUUGUAUCCUUACUUUCUGAUAAGCAACUUAGCUAUACAGUACAGAUAAACUUUCUUUGUGCUAUGGAUGCUUACUGUCAGGAUCUUUUAAGAUCUACUUGUAUUAAAUAAUUUGUGAUUAAGAUUUUAGGGAUACUGUGUACACGGUUGAGUUGGUCAUGACCAUUAGUAUUACAUGUACAGUAUAUGCUAUGGCCCAGUUGUUAAUCCUCUACCUCCCAAGAUCUGAUUGUUGAUUUUCCCAUCUAGCUGCUACACAUUUCCUUAUAGACUAGUUACAAUGAUUUGCUGACAUAAGAUCAAGAUAGCAACUUUAACCUGACAAAUUAAAGUAUUCUCAUUACCUGAUUGCUGGAGAUAGUAGAGAGUUAUUGGGAGAAGUUACAUGUUUAUCAUUUCUAGGAGUAAAAUGUGAAAGUUGUGCUUACCAGCCCCCUGUGUUAGUGGGCAGGACACUCAACCCUUUAACCCUCUGGAGUGAUUUAUAUGUAACUUCUCCCUAUAAUAUCCACACAGUAUUGAGGAAACAGGUAGUGAGAAUACUCAAACUUAUCAGGUAGAGGUUUUAAUCUUGAUCUAACACCAAAUUCUUGUAACUUAUUUGCAAGGAAAUGGGUAACAGCUUUAGGAGAGAAUCAACAGUCUGAUCUUGGGAGUUAAAGGAUUAACCUCAAUGAAAUGGGAACCACUGAAUCUCAAGAAGUCACAAACCCAUAAAACUAACACUCAGACGCCGAUACACUUUUGCGUUUCAAUACAGGAAUGAUUCAUUGUAUUGCGGCAAGUGCUGACGGACAGAUCAUGUGUUCCACAGCUGAGGAUAAAUCACUGAAAGUGUUUGAUGUUGUCAACUUUGGUGAGCUUGGAAAAUACAUUCUUUACAUUAUCAUUCACAAAGAAGCUAUAUACACUAAUUGUUUUUAUUUGGAUCUAAAGGUUGUGACCAAAAAAAUCGACUGUUGGUGGCCAGAAUUUUACAACUGAAAGCUAGCAGGCAACUAUAUGAAAGGCUUAUUAAACCUUCAGCCCUUUAACCCCUGAAAGUGACAAACAUCUAAUUUCUCCUUACAAUAUCACCCCUGAAUCAUGCAGUAUGGUUAUGAGAGUAAAGAAAAUUAUCAGCAGCUAAAGAAGUUGUUGAUUGUUACACAAAUUCUCCUUGUCAGCACCCUAGGGAAUGUAUAGAGAACAGUAUGGAGAAUAUGCAUACUGAUGUUGGGGUGUAAUGGGUUAACUCCCAGAUCUGAUUGUUGAAUCUCCCCUCUAGCUGCUGUACAUUUCCUUGUGAUAUUGUUAUAAGAAUGUGGUGUUACAUCAAGAAAACAACUUUUACCUGAUUAGUUCGAGCAUUCUCAAUUAAACUGUUUGUGGGAUUAUUAAGAGAUAUCAUAGAAAGAAGGUACAUGUUAAUCACUUCUGGGAGUUAAAGUCUUUAAUGUUCUUGAUGUGAACCACAGUACUUCAGAGAGGAAAUUUUAGAACUGUUUUCAUUUUUAUAAUACCCUAGAAACCAAUGAACCUUCAUGAUAUGGAAUAUGGUUAAAGCUGAUGUAUAAUAUCUUUAAAUCUUUGGUUGUUUGUUUGCUUGUUCUGUUUCCAUAUGUGGCAGAUGUACAAUAGAUAACUUUAGACUUUAUACUUGAAAAUAGUUUGAAAACCUUUCUGUUUCUUUCCUCUCCUUCAGUCUUAUGUUUCUUUAACUCCCACGAGUGACCAAGGCCAAAUUUCUCCUUACAAUAACAAUACAAUAUCAAGCAGACAAGUGAUGAAAAUAUAGAAAAAUAUUAAUUAGGGGAUUAUAAGUUGAUCCAAUACCAACUUCUACAAACCAACAUGAUAACAAUUGUAUGGCAGACAGUAAGGAGAAUUAGUUAUCAGAUCUUAGGAAUGAAAUGGUAAACUGAAGAUUCUUUUUUUAUCUUUCUCAGAUAUGAUCAACAUGUUAAGACUGAAUUAUGAACCUGGGCGAUGUGAAUGGAUUUUCCCACCUGGAGCUGCAGUGGCUGCUGUUGCAUGGUGUGGAAUUAGCUGUCAUGAUAACUGACAAUUAUUUAAUAAGGUUGAAUAUUAAAGCAAGGAUUAUCCAGGCUGAUGUUUGUGUUAUCAGCUGAAGCCAAAGGCUGAGGAAGAUGGCACACAACAAGGCCUACAUCCAAGUACAGCGUAAUUCUUGCUGUCUUGAGAGGAUGGAAUCCUAACCUUCAACAAUCCUAACUUGUUAUCAGUUGACUGUUGUUUGGUCAGGGAAGGGGUGGAUGGGUAGUUGCUCAGGUACCAACAUUGAUCCAAGUGAAUUAGGGUAAUGCCACUGUUCCCCUUCUCCUUUGGAUACCAACUGGUAAUUUACUGUAAGUAGCCCAAGCAGGUGUGAAAAUUCCCUUGAUAGUUUCAUAUUACUCUUUCCUAAAUGUAUAGAGGCACUGUGAGACUAAAAUUUCUUGCUCAAGAAUGCAUCUCGAUAACCCUUAAACAUGGACAUUUUGAUCCGCACCUAGCAUGCUAACAGGGUGUUUCUCGGUAUAGUUCUCGAAAGUUACCUAAAGUAUUUAGAUUCUUAGCUUUGUGUCUCAAAUCUACUGAAUUAUUUAUCUCUUAGCUCAGAGAAAGAGACUGGAAUGAUCCAUGUUUAUGAUGGAAGAGGGAGCAGUACACCCCUUCACACAGUGAAUCUUCAUACAAAACCAAUCACAUUUAUCAAGGUAUUUUAACCUUUUGUACCCUAACAUCAGUAUGCAUAUUCUCCAUACUAUUCUGUAUACAUUUCCUAAGUUCUUCUAAGGAGAAUUUGUUUAAUAAUCAAGAGCUGCUUUAGUUGCUGAUCAUUUACUUUAUUCUCAUGACCUUAAUUUGUAAUUCAAGGGCAAAAUUGUAAGGAGAAAUUAGAUGCCAAUCACCCUCAGGGGUUAAAGGGAUAAUGUUUUUAGUCAACCAUCUUGUCUUUCAAAAAGGAUCUUGUUAAUGAUGGAAUUUAAUAUAUAUUUUUUUCUUUCAACAGUACAAUGCUGUUUAUGAUGUGGCUGUGUCAGCGGAUGAGGCAGGCAUGAUUGAGUACUGGUCUGGCAUCAAACAUGAUGUACAGUUCCCCAAAAAUGUCAGCUUUGAAUUUAAGACAGAUACGGACCUCUUUGAAUUUAUUAUGGUGAGUGGAGGAGUGGAAGAGAAGACAAACUGGUAGUAAGCUAAAAUACCUUUGAUGCAGCUCAGAAUGUCAUGUUAAAUUAGUUGUUUUUAGUUAAUAAGUUGUGGCUGAAUAGUUAAAAUACUGAUGAAUGGUUUUCUGGCAUCCAUGUAUGUGAUUCAAAUUUGGCAUGAAACUCGCUUCCAUCACACUCACCUCAAUUUUUUAACCCUUAAACUCCCAAGAUCACAUUAGUAAUUCUCCUUACAGUCUGCCAUACAUUUCUUGUAAUGUUAGUUUGGAGAAUUUGGUGUUGGAUCAUAAUCCCCUUAUUGAUAUUUUUCUUUUUCUCAUUACUUGUCUGCUUGAUAUUGUAUUGAUAUUGUAAGGAGAAAUUCUGUCUUGGUCGCUAAGGGUAAGGAGCAUCUGUACAUACUGGUCGGUUAGCCAGAGAAGAAAACUUAUAACAAGUUCAGUGAACUCUAAAUGUACAUGUGGGUGAAUGCAUGGCUCUUUUUGCAUUUCAAGGUGAUCUGUUCAGUGUUAGGAACCAUUUUAUGAAGAUACAUUUUUUAAAAUUUUUUCAGUGCAAGACGUUUCCCAUAUCUUUAGCAUUCUCACCAGAUGGAAAAUUAUUUGCCACAUUAGCAAUGGACAGAAAGGUAUGUGCAUUUGUCUGAAUACUAGAUGAAAUAAAAGUGAGCCAAUAAUACUGGAGCGUAUUUAUCUUCCAAAAUUUUGACUUAAACAUAAUCCGAAAAAAAAAAAACCCCUCCCCCCCUUUACUCCAAUCAAGCCUAUGUUCUUCCUUUGAGGAAUAUGAAGGUGGAUCUGUGUAUCAGCUGUAAUUCAAGUUUGAGUCCGUAGAACUAAAGAUAAAUUUGAACUUAGUAUCACCCAAAGCAAUUUGCCCACUGUAAACCUUAUGAUUCCAAGGCGUUCUGUUCACCAGGAUCAUUUUGUCUUAUUUUGUCUCUAAAGGUAAGAGUGUUCAGAUUUUUAACUGGGAAGAAAACACGGGUAUUUGACGAGUCACUGCAAGUCUUUACAGAGAUGCAACAGGUAAUUAAACAAAAUUCAAUUUUGUAAAGUUAGCGUACAAUGUAAAUAGUGAAUUUGGAACAAAAGAGCGCGGAAUAUGAUGGUUUGCUUUUCGAUUGCUUUUGGGAGCUCAGACUUUUUUUUGUUCCACGCUCGCGAAGUGACGAAAAAACGGAUUUCUUUAGUAUACUGUGUAUUUUAAAUCACAGUUUCCAGUAUGAUCUUACAGUUACCGUAUGCAUUGAAAAACACGGUCAUAUAGCGCGUGUAGUUCUUAUUACGCGUGAGUGGCAUUGCACGUGAGUCGCAUGACACGCGAGUGGCAUUGUAAGUCGUUUCGUACUCACGGACGUCUCUUACUCAGUCAGUUCGUGAUUCGCACCCAGUUUGUGUCGAUUCGUACGCGGGUACGAAAUUUGGAAAAAAACCGGUGGUGAGCCUCUUUAUUAGGGAAUAAACUGACAGCAGCAAAACAUGGGAAGUUCUGGUUUUUGCCAUCACAGUCUACUUGAGGCAGUUGGGCGUUUGACUUAUCAAGUCUUCAUUGCAUUUAUUUUCUCCAGCAAAAACAGCAACUUCCUGAUAUGGAAUUUGGUAGACGCAUGGCAACAGAGAGAGACUUAGAAAAAACGGAUACUUUGCGGUUCUGUAAUGUAGGUAUGAAACAUUUGAUAUUUAGUAACCAUUUUUGUAAGCUAAGGUUCUCGUGAAACAAUUUUUAUCGAUCGUCUAUACACUUGCACGGCGAGCAAUACGGAGAAUGAAACAGGUUUUAAUUGUUAAUGGAUUUUCAAAUUUUACGAUUUUCUUGUAUACCUCUCGUAAUAAACUUCCAAUUCCAUUAAUUGGUUUUUUUAAAUCUCCAUUUAGUAUUUGAUGAUAGUGGAUAUUUCGUGCUGUAUGCCACAAUGCUAGGAAUCAAAGGUACGUUCAUUUUGACCGAGACCGACCGACUAAAUUAAGGAAAGCCUUUGAGAAAAAAACUGGAGUAAACCUGUGUUUGACUACUAAACUACUUCUAGCUACUAUUUGCAGCCGUUUAUACCUCAGGACGGAGAGAGACACGUUUUACGUAAGAACACAACGCAAUGUCAACCCAGCGGUCAAACACAGGUCAUGCGCAACUGACUCACCCGCGUUUUCCCGCACGUUUUUCCCGCUCGUUUUCCCGCGCUUUACGCAGUUUUGCUUGUUUUGGGGCUGAAUUCUGAUUCGCUCCUGGCGUUAAUUUCUUCUGCUCUGAUUGGUCUUUGUCAUGACUUUGGUCGUAGUUUUACGACAUUCAUUGAAUCAAAAAGCGCUCCAAUGAAUAAUCAUGUAAAUGUUUUCUUACCAACAGUUAUCAACCUUCACACGAACAGAUGUGUAAGGACUAUAGGCAAGGUGAGAUGACAGCACGCCGAGGGUCGUGUUUUAUUGCUUCUUAACCUUUUACAUCCAAGAUCUCAUUAGAAAUUCUCCUUACUGUCUGCAAUACAGUUCUCAUGUUGCUAGUAUGGAGAAUUUGGUAUUGGAUCAGCUAACAAUCAGAGGGUCGUGUUUUAUUGCUUCGUAACCCUUUUCCUCCCAAGAUCUCACUAGCAAUUCUCCUUACUGUCUGCAAUGCAGUUUUCUUGUAGUUAGUAUGGAGAAUUUGGUAUUGGAUCAUUUAACAAUCCCUUGGUUGAUAUUUUUCUUUAUUCUCAUCACCUGUCUGCUUGAUAUUGUAUCGAUACUGUAAGGAGAAAUUUUGUCUUGAUCACUUAUGGGAGUUGAAGGGUUAAGAGGAUGCCGUUCUCGGUUGAGAUGCAGUAACUCUAACGAAUUGUCAUUACCAGUCCUCUCCUCGAUGCGGACUGUUGAGAGAAGACAACAUGGCGGCAAAUGCUUGUCAGUUGUCGCGACUUCUAUAGCUGUUUUUCCAAUUUUCACCCAUAUUAAUUCCUAUACUUCUUCCAAAUCAAGUGUGGCGGAAGAUACCGAGUGACUUGCAUUUUGUUUAUGAUGACAGCUAGCACCACGGCUAGAAAAUACUGCUUACUACCCUAACCGGCUCUGCUGAUGUCUAUGCGCACAGUGAUAUCAAUUUUGUUUUCCUUCUUAUUCUUAGAUGGAGAAUGUUCGUUUUGUUCAACUCGCUCUACAUCAAGGCAAGGCCAAGAAAAGUAAAGCUGCAGUCACAAUGGUAAAUAUUCCUGUUUCAUUCUGCAUAACACGUCGGUUUUCCCCUGCCUUUUAUUACGUGAACUUCCCACCAAAUCAACAAAAGAUUACGCUCUAGAUUUUUUGUCGCACACUAAACCUGAUAUGCCCAAGACUAUUUUGCAGUGUCUUGAUUGCAACUUCAGUGUGCUACAUGAACAGUUCCUGAGCACUGUCUUGUCAAACGUCACUGUAUUGGAUCGGUGUUCAAUGAACUGACAGUUUUUUUGCUCAAAGGAUGUUUUCAAUUGAAACGGUAACAAACCCUUUGUUAAGGUAUCACGCACUAGCUAGGGCGUCAUUUUGGUGAGAGAAAUGAGGCACGUUGAAGGUUUCUCAAAGGCCUUUAGGUACGCGCAAUGGCGUCCGUUACCCAACAACUUCGGUGUAUUCUUGGACGUUCUUACUUGUUUUUGAUUGGGCAAUUAAAAUCGAAAAAUAUUAUAAUAGCAACUUCCUAAAGAUGUCUAGGAAAUUCAACUGUUCUCGGAAAAAUUAAUGUUUAAAAUGCGAGUAGUAAGGCUCUUGUGUAAACUAAGCUAUCUAUGUUAAAACUUUUCUCAGUCUCGAUAAUUCGCUAAAAUUUCGAGGUCUUACUUUAGUUUGGUUAAACGGCAGUUUUAUAAAGUUGGUCACGAUAAUGAUUUCGAGGACACAAGCAGCGUUUUUGUCUUUAUUCUAUUGUACUAUCACAGGAAAUGGAGGCAUCAGAAAACCCUUCGCUUCAAACUGUAGGCCCUGAUCCAAUGUUGUUUUGCACAGCAUCGAAGAAAAACAGAUUUUACAUAUUUUCAAGCAGGCAACCUGAUUUGAGGUGAGUCUUUUCCCAGCACUUACAAAGACAAAUUAGUACGUGUAUUCAAAUGUUAACAAUGACAAAGAUUAAAUUUAAGAUUCAGGCUCUAAUCGAUUAAAAAAUACUCAUUUCUAGAUUUAAAAAUAACGGGAGAAUUACAUUUCUCAAACGCCAGAAAAUUAUAGACUGAUGAGUAAGUUAAAUAAUUGAGAAGUAAAUAUCUAGAAUAUCUACUGUAAAUAUCCCGAAUACCGCUUACCAUUAUGGUCCACGUUUGAGUUGGUGAGCACUUAUUGACCGCUUGUGCUAAUAUAUUUGGUUAGCGAGUAUUCGUAUUCUAAUAAGAAACAGUUAAAGGAAUGUUGUCCGUUUGUUAAAUAACCAAAAAAAAUUAUCUUGCCAGCACUUUUCUUAAAGUUUACUCAAGAUAAAAUUGGAAUUUGCUCUUUCCACUAUUGCGCCCGUCCCUACCCCCCUCGUCCCCCGCCCCUCCUCCAACAGGAGCAAACAGGAAGGAAAUUUUCUAGGAAAUCAUGUGAUGACCUCUAGACCCGAGGUGAUGCAAGUCUGGGCAUGCAAAUACAUCCAAAUAUCUAGCUGCGAAGAAAUUUCCCUUUGAAUUGAAACCGAAAGCGCUGUUUGAAAUUUCCCGAGAUUAACAAUUCUGCUAAGGAAAAUUUGUGUGCUGAGACCUGUAAAAUUACUUAUCUUAAUCCAUGAUAAUAAGAAAAAAAGGAAAAAGAAAUCCGACAAUGUCAUCUCGAAAAUUGUUACUUAUUCGCAGUACUAGGGGUCCACUCAGAGCCACUCGAGUAAUCUUCAAUUGAAUUACUUUCUACAUCGAUCGAACUCUUCAUCGGCGGAUAUUUCUUCUCAUCCAACUUCAUAUUCGUAAAUUUUUCAUCAGGCCGUUUUUGUACUUGAGCGGAACAUGUCUUCAAGCUCUUUGAGAUGAUCAGUUCCCGUGCCUGUGGUCUCGUUGAUCUUGUGGAUUGCUUUCCUCCUUUCUUGGGCUUUUCCCGUGAAGGGAUGGAAUUUUCCCUUUGGAAAAAAGACAUCUUUAAAUCCGCACGUUUUUUUAUCGCCACGCUCCAGCAAUUUUACUAACCUUGCGAUGGCGCUGCCAAUUGGAAGGACGUCAAAUUCUUUCUUCUUUUUACUCGGUUUUCCACCGUAACAAGACGUCGAGCAAUUUCAAAAAGCAAAAUCAUGUAGGUUUCAACGGUUGCUUGUGGAAAAUCGUCAGUCACCACUGAUUUGUUUUGAAAUAAGUUCUUGAUAUCCUGUGCGAAUGUUUUUGUGUCGUCCUCGUAAUGUGCCUCUAAGGCACCUUUCAACUCAUCGUACUUUUUUGCGUAUUGAGUAAACUUCUUCUUUCCUGUCGGACGUAGAAACACGAUGCCAUUGCCAGGUUGGUUUUGGUUUAGGCCUUGCUUUGAGUCUGAAGAGCUCCUCUAUCUCGUCAUCCGGCUUUGAGUCAUGGCUGUUUUGUAACAGCAGGUAAAAGGUCUUGUUAGUCUUAAAUUGUUCCUUAUCGUUGACAAUGUCAGAGAGGAGUGCGACAACGUUUUCAGCAUCAAAUCCUGUUAUAUCAUAGACAGGACCUUUGAACUUCUUCGUAUUCUUGGGCCUUUUAUCCUCUGGCAUUGGCUCAGGCACAUCUUUGGGGAGGUUGUCGCGAAAGAAUUUUGUACAGGCUUCUUGUUGUUCUUUGAAAACUGCGUCGGCGUUGAAUUCUUCCAUUUCGAUGUGAAUCUUUGAAAUGUCAGUGUUGAACCGUUCCACUAGCUUCUCAGUUCUCUCAAGUUUUGCGCCUCUUUGGACAACAAUACACUUAAGCAGACUGACUGACGUAGACUAAGAAUACAUGCGGAACUUCAAAAGCAGUCAGUGAUUGGCUGACGAGACUGAAAGUGAUUUGGUAGUGUCUUUUAGCUGAAUAGAACAAUAUCUCGAGUAUUGGUCAUUUAAAAAGUCGAAACCGAUAUUGAAGAGGUAACGAGAAAGAAUUAUAGCUUGGACUAAAGCGGUAGCUCGUAGUUUUGAGCAAUUGAUUUUACUAAGCUCCAUUGAUUAAACAACGAUAACGUUUUUUUAAAGAAAGGUCAAAAGAUGGAAAUAAUAACCCGGCAGGAGAAAUGAAACCACGAGAGCAAAACAGGUAACACACAUUUUUCAACCAGGCUACCUGAUUGUGCUCUCCUACAGGCUGUUUUAGGGAGGGGUCCCUAAGAGGAUUGUUGACAUUUUACGUAAGCACUGCUUCACUAGGUUACACUGAAAUAACUUGGAAACUUGUUGUAAUGAAAUACAUCUGUGCUAGGAUAGUUAACCAGUAAACUCUGACAUUUCUUACAUCUUACAUUUCUGUUAAUUUGUAACCGAUCCUAAUGACCUUGAGACAAGACAGUACGUGUCUUCUAAGAAACGGAAUUUUCCGCUUUAUUGUGAAACCGAAAGUGCUGUGUAAUGAUAUGCUUCCUUGAAACCUGUUCAAGCCUUAACUGCUAAGUUUUCAUGUAAGUUGGUGGAGAUGCCUUGAUAAAUCGAUUUGUCCUGUUCAUUCUCUUCAGUGAAUCAGGAAAAAUUACUUCACAACGGAAUCCGAAAAAACAUUUCAUGAAAUUUUUCUAAAAUUUACUUUGGAUAACACUGUCUCGUACUAGACGCCUUGCGUCUCGAGAAGCUAACAAAAACAAAAUUCCACAACUUCUCUAGCCAUAAAUAUUGAUAAAAAUAAUUGCAAAGGUUGAUUAGAAGAUUCAGGCUUUGUCUGAUCACAAGUACUCAUGUAUAGAUUAAAAACCUGAAGAAUUACAAGUAGUUAUAUUCACGAGUCAAACGUUAAAUAAUUAUAAACUACGUGAUGGAGAAGGUUCUACAGUGAGUAUCUAGAAUAUCCCUUGCCAUUGUGGUCAGCGUUUGAGUCAGUAAGCACUCAUUUACCUUCUUCGCUGAUGUAUUUGAAUACCGGUAAACAGUUAAAGGAAUGUUAUAUGCUGUAUGCGUUCCCCGAUGGAAUCUAAGAUAUUUAUUUUGUCACGACUUCCAACCGGUUUUGAUUAAAUGAAAAAAAAUAAUUUGCAAACUGAUCCUGCCACGGUUGCUGAUUAAAGGCUUUGAUCGGUCGAAAUUCAAAAGUUAUUGUCCUUGCUUUGCUAAAUAAAAAUCCAUAAAACGUUAUUUCCUACUCCUGUGGGUCCUUAUGAAUCCAAGUGGUGUUCAGAUGAAGAAGAUUCUGCAUCGAGCGAAGACUUGAUCAAUAAAUAUUUCUCAGUCUUCCUCAGACCUUGAAGUUGUUUGGCUAGCACGGUUUCUUGUCGUUUUUCGGAGCAGAACGUUUUUUGAACUCAUUUUCGGCGAGUAGUGAUCACCGUACUCUCUCUCUUUUUAAAAGAUGUAAGAAGUAGUCUUGUUGAUUUCGUCGAUUGCUUUUCUUCUGUCGCCUCUUGGCCCCGUGAGGGCGCCAAUUUUUUCUUUGGGAGAAAUACAUCUCUAAAUCUGCAAGUCUCUGGUUUGCCAAGGUUCAGCAAUUUCAUAAUCCUUGCGACGGCGCUUGCAAUCGGAAGAACGUCAAAAAUCUUGCUUCGUUGUGCUUGGGUUUGGUACUGUCACUAAGCGUCGAGGGCCUCCAAUUAACCAUUUAACACUGAGUAAUGUUGUUGUAAUGCUGAUGUUUUAAACGUCUUUAGUUUUCUCGGACGCAGGAACACGUAAACAUUGCCGGGUUGAUCUUCGUUAGACCUUGCUCUUAGUCUGAAAAGCUCUUAUACCUCAUCAUCUGGUUUAUUCUCUUGGCUGUUGUGCAGUUGCUGGUAAAACAUUUUGUUUGCCUUAAACUGGUCUCUGUCAUUGACAAUGUCAACGAGCGCGGCUGUCAACUGAUGAGCAUCGGAGCUUGUAAUAUUAUGGAAUGGUGCCUUGAAUUGUUUCGUAUUUGGCGGAAUUUGGCGGUAUCUCGUUCUCUGGGAUCGGGAACAACUUACUAACAUCGGGUAGUUGUUCAACAAACAAUUUUCAGCAAGCAGCCGUUUGGUAACCGUACACAUAUGUGUUAACACUGCCUGUAGCCACGAUGAAUGCUUUCUUUUCACUUCCGUCUGUGUAUCACUGGCUCCUUUCAGUUCUGAUGAAUAAAUUUCGAGACGUGACUUUUAUGUAGUAAGAUAUGAACCAAUCGCAGUUCCGAAUCAGAGGUGAAACUCCUCAUCAAUGAAAAGAGGUUGUUUAGCGGCGAUGCAGCGGGAAUAUUCGAAAAUCCGUAAACUGCUUCCUUUAUGUGGUGUCAGUUCGUAGGGAAGCAAGGCUGAGUAUUGUUGUAACGAUGUUUAACCGACACGUUUUGGAGUCUGCCAGUAGAUUUGGUUUUUUUUUAGGUGAAAUUCGGCAAAUAAGGUUGGCAUUUUUGACCGUCGGCUUGAUAAAUUGAGAAGAGCAAGUAUUUUUUUUUUUCACCAUAAAACCAUCAUAAGUCGCAAACUUUGCUAAUUUACUAUUAUUUUCAUUAUUCCGAACAGGCCUGAUUCUUUUUUUCAGGCCUUGUUUUCACUACUGCUCAAGGAGUGUUCAUUACUACGAAGAUAGCUUCCAUAUUCAUAUCGGUCAUCAUCUUUGUUAAUUUGUUGAUCUUGAUGUGCGUCAAUGUUGGGUUAAUUCUGUCGCAACAUAUUGUGGUAUUUCAUGACAUUAUUGGCAUGAGGGACAAUACUCUGAUUGGUGCAAGCAUACCCCAACGAUGUGAUCUUUUUGGUGCAAAAUACAUACCUUAAUGCUGCGACCUGAUUGGGGCGAACAACAUACCACUCGAUACGCUAACAUAAAUGUUUUUUUUUAAUUAAAAAAAUGACUACGAAAUGGUUAAUAAAAGGGUGUUGGCUAAACGUGUUUCCAAACGAAACCCAGUUUAAAUAUCAAAACAAAUUUAGGGGAUGAAUAUAACACAGAGGUAGAACAAAAGAGCUGAACUCCACACGCGGAAUGCAGCCGUGCGAUGACUAAAGGGUGUUUGCCUUUUGUUUCAAGUGUUCACCUACGCCGGUCCUUUACGCAAACAUAUACUUUAAGGUCUUUGUAUUCAGUAGCGAUGUAAUUGGCACUUACCACUUGCUGGUUGUUUCCUCCUAGAUUCGAGAAAAAUGCAAUCAAAACUUGUCUUAUUCUGGCUGACGAUAAAUUCCUGAGGCUCGUAUUUAUCGCCUUUUACGACAACAGGGUCAAAAUAGAUACGAGAGCUGUAAGAUGAACAUUAAUAAAACACCUGCCCUUAGGCAUAAACAUUUAAUAAACACAAAUAAAGAUUUGAUCAUACUGGAUACAUGAAAAAUAAAGGGAACUCUGUCUGAAUAAGCAUCUUCCAUGGACAAUGAAACUCAAAGAUAGUCUUAGUGUUAACUAGUAGUGUUCGAGUAGUCUCUUCCAUGUAGUAGAAAACUGGAAACACUUUUCAUGCGAGGAUGUAUUCUGAAAAGUGGUCUAUAUAUUAACAGGUAUUCUAAUUUUUUCUUUCAGUGGCGAAAGCGAUCGUGAUGUUUUCAACGAGAAACCUUCCAGAGAGGAGAUUCUUGCGGCUACUCAGGCAAGUGACGUCUUAGGUGCAUUCAGCUCUGAUUUUAUCUUGGAAAUUGUUAGGUUAAAUCUUCUAAGUUCAAACAUUUCCAAUCUGAGUGAAUCUUCUCAAUUCUUCAUCAUGCUUGUUCAAUUUUAGUUGAUUAUUUUCAUUUUGAUGCUCUUCGUACUUAAAAAACACCUCACGCUUUUUUUACGCGUUCAAAGUAAUUCUACUCGUCGCUAAAAAAUUAACCUCAAGUAGAAAUCAUAGUCUUUCGACCUGAUCACCUUCGAAGUCUUUUAUUUACAACACACGGUGGAUAGAGCCGUGCACCAGAUGAACUUUUAUCUAGUAGAUAAUAUAGUUCGUUUUGUUAUCAGUGAACUGACACCUUAGCUUGCGUAGCAAGCGUAUUUUUUCAUCCUGUGACUGAGAGCGAAAUAUUUCGAUUGAGAAUCGUAGCCGCUAUAUUGGAUUGGUGAGGUCGAGAAAUUCCUCGCCCCCACUUAAUUUGUCAUCUCACCAGCUCACCACUGUAGCCUGCUGCACUCCCUCGACCUUAUCAACCCACUCUGGCGGCAGCGCUCGGUCGCCAGAAGAUAAGACGAUCUUAGCAACCUUUAAAGGUUUUUUAGACUCUUUUUUUGUUCUGUUUUGGUUAAUUUUUUUAUUAUUUUUUUUUCGUGUUGUUUUGCGUGCGCGAGAAAAGGGUCUGGGAAGCAAUUUGCAGGUAGCUUCAAAAGCUCUUUUUACAGUUAAUUCUAACGGAAAUUAAAACUCUUGAAAUGUAGUUAAAGAAUAAAAAAGUUUUUAAUCCACAAAACUGACGCUCCUCCUUUGUGUCACUUUAGGGGUCUGAAGGAACAAAGAAACUACCUGAACUGGCCACUCUUCACACAACAAUGGGUGACAUUACCUUUAAACUGUUCAGCCAAGAGUAAGUCAUAUUAAUUCUAUUUUUGUACUGAUUUCAGAGCAGAUAAAAGGAAAACACACUGUUUUAAUUUAAUUUUUUGUGAAAUUAUUAAUCUCAAGAUUUAGACUUGAUCUUACAUUUCAACUGCUGCACUGCUUGUCUUUGAUCACCAAAGAGGAACCGUGUGCACCAAUAGGAGCGCGAAAAACGCUCCAAUAGCAGCUAGCCACCAUGCUACGUCGACAAUGACCCAUACUUAUACAGCCGCAUCGGUGACGAAGAUUUAACCAUACAGCAGCCGAAACGAAACGAUCAAUGAUAGAUAACGACCACGCUAUCUCGAUACCGACCCUUAUCGCGAGACCAUGUCAUCGUCAAUUUUCCUGGUUUACUAAGAUGAAAAGUAAAUACAUCUUAGUAAGAGAUGUUUUUCGUCUUGUCACGAGCAUGGGACACCGUGCUGAUCCCAGCAGUAUGCAGGACGAAUGUUAUAUAAACUUCGUAAUGGAACUCGCGUAGAGUCACUGUGGCUCAGUUGUAGAGCAUCGGAGCCACUUUCCUCCUGGGAACGCAGAAUGUUUUCUUUGUCCCACGCUCGUGACAAGACGAAAAAAAUAUUUCUCUAUUUCUUUACCGAGCUCAAAACUUACCAUCUCUAUUUAAAUAAAUCUUUUUGUACAAUUUCUAUUACUGUCAUGGUUAAUUUUUUAUCAUUUUUACGUCCAGGUGUCCCAAAACUGUAGAAAACUUCUCAACCCACAGCGAGAAUGGUUAUUACAACACGCACAUUUUCCACCGCGUUAUUCAUCAGUUUAUGAUACAAACUGGUGAUCCAGAAGGUAAGAAACGAGUUAACCCUUUAACUCCCAUGAGUGACUAGAACAGAAUUUCUCCUUACAAUAUUAAUAAAAUAUCAACCAGAUGAGUGAUGAGAAUAAUGAAAAAAUAUCACUUUGAGAAUAAUAAGUUGAUCCAAUACUAAAUUCUCUGUACCAACAUUAUGAGAAUUGUAUGGUUGACAGUAAGGAGAAUCACAAAUUUCAUCUGGGAGUUAAAGGGUUAAUCUCCAUUUCCUCUCAAGCAACAAAAACUAGACCGAGACUUUUAUCGAGGAAAUUUGCAAGGGGUACAAUUUCCCUGAAUGUCAACACAGUUCCUUGAGUAGUGUCCUUUUCAAAAUACUUGAGCCAAUUUUAUCUCGGUUUCCCCGCAGCCAUGUGAUUCCUUUUGUCUCCUUGUUUCCCGUUUCUGCUCAAAGAUCUCAGUGGUGAUUCUCCUAACUGACCAACUUAUAUUUCUCAGCUUUAGUUCUGAGAUUUUGGUCUUUAAUCAUGAAGUAUCCCAUGGUUGAUAUUUUUCUUUAUUCUCAUAACUUUUCUACUUAGUAGUGUACGGAAACUGCAAGGAGAAAUCAUUUAUUGGUCAGUUAUGUGAGUUAUAGGUUUAAAACUGGUAUGUUAGCCUUUGGACAGUGGAACUUCAUUGAGGGGAAAAAAGCCACCUUUUCCAUCCAAAUCACGAUUUAACUUUUUUCGAGAAAUCUGCAAGACUACAACUAUACGAUUUUAUUUUUCUGUAAAUCAGGUGAUGGCACUGGAGGGGAAUCUAUCUGGGGUGGUGAGUUUGAAGACGAGUUUCAUAGAAACUUGCGACACGAUCGACCAUUUACAGUAAGCAUGGCUAAUGCAGGACCGAACACAAACGGCUCGCAGUUCUUCAUCACUGUUGUACCAACGGUAAGUACACCAGAGAUAAAACGGAGUUGAAAUCGUUCUUUAGACAACGGCGCGUUCAAAGAAAAGGGGACAACAGAUUUUCUCGCUAAAACGUUUGCAAUUUUUUUCAUCCAUUCAAUGGAAGUUUUCUUUAACUUUGAAUUUCAAGGGACGGUAGCCUGCCACGGAGGGGGUAGAGUUCGACACGAGAACAACCAUUACAAUUUCAAAAAAAAAAUUAGAAAGCUGACGUUGUGAAGAUGAUAUAUGGGUACGCGUUGUAAGAGCUUCUGUGUGGCGGGGAAGCGCGUAACCUUGAAAUUCCCUAACCUAUCGUAUAUGGGCCUAUACCCAGUGUAGCUCUUUUGACCUUUUGAUUGGUCGAGAACACUCGCCUCAUCUUUUACCCAACCAAUCAGAUGCUAAACAAAAAUCAAGUCCGACGUGGUCUCCCUCGUUUUCCCGCGCUUUAGGCCGUUCGCCUGUUCUGAUUGGCUGUUGUGAGAACCUCGGUUUUAACACCUUUCUUUUCAAGUACUUUGCACCACUGACUGACAAGAAGUUAAUUCGUUUCUUCGUUUCUUCUUGUCACAACAGCCCUGGCUUGACAACAAGCACACUGUGUUCGGCCGCGUCGUUAAAGGAAUGGACGUGGUGCAAGAGAUUAGUAAGGUGAAAACAAAUCCUAAGGACGAUAAACCGUACGACGACAUCAAGAUUAUCAACGUUUCUUUGAAAGGCUAAGGUGGCAUCAGUGCUGAGGAAAAAAACGUGAAUUGAACACAAAUUUACACCCCUCCUUAUCAUGUUGAACGAUAUGAAGUCAUUGCACUGGUUUUAACGAUUCAGGUAAAAAAUGGACGGUCCAACAAAAUGGAAUCAAAAGGAUUAAUCUUGAUGGCGACUGCAAUUUUUACAGUUGUUAUGAUUUGUGGAAGGACAAGCAGAAAUGCUAGUAAAAAACAACCUGUUGCUAACAUAACGUCAAGCCCACGUGACAAUUUGUAAAGAACUCCAAACAUUUCCGCUAAGUUAUAGAGCGAUAAGCGGGAGCAAGCAUGAAACUCUCCUCGAGACGUCUUUGGGAAGCAACAACGCAUCGGUGACCACUUUUUAUAAAACGUCUUGUUUUAUUAAAGACAAGUCGUUUCUUUUAUUAGGAACGAUUUUUUGUAAGAUAC